AUGUUUCAAGGUCAUUACGGACCCGCUGGAGUUCUUCACUUCUUCUUUCCCGAUGUGAGUUUGGUGUGGCUUUUGGUUUCCACACAACUCAUCGAUAUUGCCUAUUUCACACUUCAAUUAUUGUGUCAAAUGAACGUGUCGCACGAGUGUCCGUAUGAUUUUCUGUGUCAUGAACAUGCGACAUUUAAUGUGGAAUUAAUGAGAAGGAAUGCCAUUUUCCCUUCCGAUAUUCAUUCGGAAUAUUCACAUUCCUUGACAGGUUCUUUGAUCUUGACAUUCAUUCUUACCAUCUUGUAUUCAAUGGUUCAAAAAUUCAACUCUAAGAAGAGCGUGUCCAAUCUUCAUCAUCAUCACAGAUCCUUCUUGUCCUUGUAUGGCGUUCUGUUUUUAGGUGUGGUUUCACAUUGGGUGUUGGAUGUCCUUGUACACAGACCUGAUGUCACUCUCUUUCCUCCAUUCACUUCGGUAAGGAUUGGAUUGGGAAUGAUUGGAAUUUUGGCUGCAAAAAUUCGAGUGGUGGGUGGAAGAAGAAAUUUGGAUCAAAAGUUUUGGAGUGCCUUUGUGGUGUAUGGUUUGACAGCGACAGCAGUGAAUGUGUAUGCCUACUUUGGAGAUGACACUUCAAAGAGAGCAGAUCAGGUGGUGGAUGGGUCUCCGGUGCCUCCUGAUUUAGUGCCAUUGAUCUUUGUGUUGUAUUUGGUUGCUUUUAGUGUGUCGUACUUUUUGGAUUCCAGUUAUGGAGUGAAUCGUGAUGAAGGUGAUGUCAAGAAGUGGGAAUAA